UCGAAAGCGCCGAGCCCCGGGCGGGUUGCCCCAAGGGGCGGAAGAUGGAGAGCCGGCGCCGGGCGUGAAAAACUCGCCGCAGCCUUCGCCGCGCUGGGAAGCGGAGCUCGCGGCAGGCACCGCGUCGUUUCCUCUUUCUGGAAGCCAGACAGAGCUGGGGACUGGCGGCGGCGGCCACUCCAAACCCGCCGCCGUCCCGCCCAGCAUGAGCAGCGGCGGCGGGCGCACUGGCGCCCGCGUGGCUGUGAAGAUGGAGGUAGCACCUUAUUACGGCGAAGAAGGCUUGGAGCUGCUCCCGGACUUCGUGCAACUGCCGGGCUUCGGUGGCGGGCCCGGAGCCGGAGGACCGACGGGACUUGAACCGCCUGAGGAAAGCGGGGCGGUUCAACAACGCAAGUUGCUUCUCGUCGGGAAGCCGCCUCCUCCUCCUCCUCCUCGGGAUUUAGCGGCGGCCUCCCCGGGUAAUGCCACCUUGCCCCCGGCCGGGCCGUUCUUGCGCCCCCGCGGCGGCCCAAGCAGCGCCGUGCACCGCCUCAUUCAGGAGACCACCGUCGGCGCCGGCCCUGAGGUGGGCCCAGCCGUUUUGCAGCCUUUGCUGAAGCUGCCGGCGGCCGCCGACUUGGAACAAUUGCUGAUCCAAGCGGGGAGCCCGGGCCUCGCCGGACCAUCCAGCCCCACCGGCGGAGGACCCUCGGUGGCGACGGCCAGCGGGCCCCCCUUCUUGUACCGUUCUCCGCAAUCCUCGGUUCCGCCGCAGGCGGUGACGCAGGAACAGGAGGGCUUCGCCGACGGCUUCGUGAAAGCUCUGGCCGAUUUGCACAAACAGAACCAGUUGCUCGGGGUGUCCCCGGCGCCUCUCUCGCCUACCCAGCACCCGGGAGGGCCCUGCUGCCCGACGUCCAGGCAGGAUCCCCCAGCCGUCUACACCACCUUAGGCAACUUCAACCCGGCCAGUCCAUCGGCCGGCGGUGCUUUUUUCACUCCCCAGGCUGUGGCUCGUCUGCAAGCGCCCGGCUCGACCGGCAGGGCUUUGGAAGAGCCGCAGACUGUGCCGGAAGCGCCUGUAAUAGUGUCAGCUCCUCCACCGCCGCCGCCUCUUUCGGGGCUUUCGUCCGGGGAGUCCCCGCCGCCGCCUUCCUCCUUAUCCCCGCUGGACGCAGAGAGCCAAGAGCGCCUGAAAGCUGAGCGCAAAAGACUGCGCAACCGUAUCGCGGCUUCCAAGUGCCGCCGGCGCAAGCUUGAGCGCAUCGCCCGCUUGGAGGAGAAAGUCAAAGCGCUCAAAGGCCAAAACGCCGAGCUGGCCGCCACCGCCAGCCUCCUCCGCGCCCAGGUCACCCAGUUGCAAGGUCGAGUCCGGAGCCACCUCUCCAGUGGCUGUCACAUCAACGCCGCCGCCGCAGUCCCCACGCAGACCUUGGCAGUGGGUGGUCAGCCCCCCGGUAGGGAGGCACCCACAGAGCCGGAGACCAGUGCUUGCUGAAAGCGUGUGAACCCCUCCAAAAACAAAGGGAGACUCAUCUUGCGCCCAACUUUGCCAUGCAUGCAUGGCAGAAAGGGGGAUUAGACCUUGAUCCUGGUCUUGGGAAGGGGCCAUGGGAGCCCUGCCUUCCGUUGCACAUCCUUUGGCUUCUGCAGAGUUCCUCGUUCAUCUGAAAAGCUGAAGUAGACAGGGAAAGGUUCGGCUUCUGCGAGACCAUGCAGGUAUCUUAACCAGUUUCUGAUAGAAGUCGGAAGAGCCAGAGAAGAACUUGGUGUAAUAAUGGCAGAGAGAUAAAUAUGUCAGAAAGAAUAUCCCAUGGAACAGAGUAGAACUUCACAGUGUUAGCCUUUCUAGAAACAACUUCUUAAAAACAACAACUGUCCUCUUUAACUAAAGGUUGGCAGUUUCAAGCAUCUCCAGCAAUGGGCAGCUUUUCUGCCAGCCACCUAAGUAAUGAAAGUAAUACUGAGAUUGGUAAUAACCAGCUGGAAGUGAUGCUGUUGGGUUCUUUUUAAGAGCACCAAACAAAUGCAGAAACCUUCAGAGGGAAAGAGGAAAGUGCCAAGCUUCUCCAAUUGAAGCCCCUCUGACCACCUUCAGGCUGUGAAGAAGUCUGGGGCUGGACUCUUUCUUCAUCUUCUGAAAGCUCCAGCUUAUUUUUCUAGCUUUCUUGCCCUGCUUGAAACAAAGAAACAGAGCUUUGCUGACUGGACAUUAAAAUAUGUCUUGUUGCUGAGGUCUCUUCAAAGAUCAUACCUGUGGGCAAAAAGUUAUCUUUGUGGAAGACUUUUAUAUGUUCUAAAGAUUCUUAAAUUGAAUUUUUAUUCUGUGGUGGACGGUCACUGAGUGUAACAUGUAUUAGCAUUUCUGCAAAGAGAAAAAAAAAGUUACCAGGGACAGUUAAAGACACUCCAGUAUGUUUUACUGAAGGUGUAUUUACAGCUUUCUAAUGAACAGUGUGGAUUUUCUAAGAAGGGAUAUUAAGGGAAUAGUAAUAUGUUUGUAUAUCAUGGAUAUUGCUAGUCAUUUCAGUAGAUAAAUCAUAUUUUUAAGAGCAGCUCUAGAAUUUGCCAGUGGGUAGAGUUGUGAAAUGUUUUUCAACAUUUAGAAGACUUGUGCAAAGUUAAGUCAAUUUCGUGUACAGACUAUUUGUUAUUUUCUUGCUGUAGAGAUUCUCUAGAUUUGCUAAAUGCUUGAGAGACACUAAAUUUAUAUGUUUAGGAAGAGAAGUACAGAGUAUGUGGCUGGGCAAUUUUGAUGAACAAAAGAAAGCAGUCACAUAAUUUGUCACUAUGAAAAUGUUGCCAUUCAAGCUAAUUUCUGGUGCUGGAGAUUUAGCAUACUAUGCCAUAUAAAAUAUUUAUUUAAAAGCAGAAAUUAAGAAAAUUCUUUUCACCCCUAGAUCUAUGAGCUCUAUAUUAUUUCUUGUGCCAGCACAAAGUUGGGGUCUGGGUACACUUAUUUAUUAAAACUAUAGAAUAUCUGUUUAUUUUUAUAACAUGCAAGGGGAUAAAAUAAAUGUUUUUGAAGAAAAAUAUCAAAUGCUUUAUCUGUUACAGUAUA